AUGAACGUUUUCGAAUGUGAUUAUCGCCUUCAGAUUCCUGCCUUCGAGUUUGGUGCCGUCCAUCAGCUGCAAUCAGCGCUACGUUUGGGCAACGAAGCCGCGUCGAAGAGUCUUCUGGUGGUUGGAAAAUGGACUGUUGUUUUUACAUUCCUGAUAGGACUGCCAAUGUAUGGAUGGACCAUAUUUCCGGCCGUAUUUUCCGUUCGAAUUGUUUUCUCGACGCUGGUUCUUGCCUACUCUCAAGCGCUUCUUCAUUAUCUAUCGCUGAAAUGUUUGAAAGCAUUAGUUUUACAGGUAUAA